CCAAGAGAAUAUCAUAUGAGAAUACAAAUCUAUUAUCUAUAAAUAAGCUUUCUGCUUUUUUUUUUUAAUGGAACCAAAAAAUUCCUAAUCUAUAACCUCAUCAGAAAGUCUCGAAACUGCAUAAAUGGGCCUUUAUUGUCGGAGUUCCUUGUGCCUCCUUUCUAUUAUCCAUUUCUUGUGCUUCAGCUUGCCUGUAGACUCUGCCAUGCACAGGUACAAUGAGACAGAUCGACUUGCGUUGCUGGAAUUCAAGGCCAAGAUAAGUGAUGAUCCUCUUGGGGUUAUGAGCUCAUGGAAUAGCACUCUUCAUUUCUGCAGAUGGACUGGUGUCACCUGCGGACGCAGACACCAAAGAGUCACAACGUUAGACCUACGCUCCCUCAAACUUUCAGGUUCCCUAUCACCCCAUGUUGGUAAUUUGAGCUUCUUAAGGAAGUUGUUGCUUGAAAAUAAUAGCUUCACCAAUGAGAUCCCACCUCAAAUUGGCCAUUUACGUAGGCUGCAAAUGUUGUCUCUUUAUAACAAUUCAUUUGAUGCUCAAAUUCCUCGCAGCAUAUCUAACUGUACAAACCUUGUGUUCCUUUAUUUGGAUAACAACAAUCUUGUAGGAGAAAUCCCUGCGGAGCUUGGUUCCUUACUGAAGCUCAAAGAGAUUUAUUUAAAGGAAAAUAAUUUGAUAGGAACUCUCCCACCAUCUUUAGGGAAUCUUUCGUCCCUUGAGUUUCUCGCUGCAUAUCGAAAUCAUCUGAACGGAAAUCUCCCAGAAGCUUUAGGCCAAUUGACGAGUCUAUGGUUUUUAUCAAUUUUUGCAAAUGAAUUUUCGGGUACCUUCCCUCUAUCCAUCUCCAAUCUUUCUUCGAUUAUGGAUUUGAGCAUUGCUGAAAACGACUUCCAUGGGAACAUUCCCUUGGACAUUGGAAGCUCUCUCCCAAAUCUGCGAAGAAUUGAUAUUGCUGAUAAUCAAUUCACUGGCACCAUUCCAACUUCAUUUUCUAACUCGUCAAAUCUUGGAAGUCUUUCUUUAGCCCAAAAUUAUCUCACUGGAACAGUGCCUUCUCUUGACAAGUUGCAUAGGCUUUCAGAACUUGUGAUUGCUUACAACAAUUUAGGAAGUGGGAAAGCUGAUGACUUGGGAUUUCUUUCCACUUUAACAAACGCCACAGCUUUACAUAUCCUAGAGAUAAAUGGCAACAACUUUGGAGGCGAACUUCCUCAACACGUCGCCAACUUUUCAAAGAAGCUCCAGUACUUUAUCAUAGAAAGCAAUCACAUAUCUGGAAACAUCCCAGUUGGAGUACAGGCUCUUGUUAACUUGGAGGUUUUCCAUGCACAACAGAACAAACUCUCAGGUACUAUUCCAUCUGGCAUUGGACAGCUUCAAAAUCUAAAAUUACUUUACCUUGGAAACAAUAAUUUAUUAGGACAUAUUCCAUUUUCUCUGGGAAACCUGACAAAUUUACUUGAAAUUGAUUUAUCUGACAAUUACCUUCAAGGCACCAUCCCUUCCAGUCUAAGCAAGUGCAAACAAUUGCUCGGACUAGAUUUUUCUACAAACAGUCUUAGUGGUCCCAUACCCGUACAAAUUUUUGGACUUUCCUCUUUGUCAAAAGUUCUUUCGUUGUCUCUAAAUAAUUUGUCUGGCUCUCUUCCAAAAGAAGUAGAAAAUUUAAAAAAUCUAGGAAUCCUUAACCUUCAAGGGAACAUGUUGUCAGGGGAGAUCCCCAGUGGUCUUGGCAGUUGUAUAAGUUUAGAAUAUUUAGUCAUGGGUGCCAAUCUGUUCCAAGGGUCCAUUCCUUCUUCUUUUGGUUCAUUAAGAGGCAUUAGAGUAUUAAAUCUUUCUCAUAAUAAUUUAUCUGGCAAGAUUCCAGAGUUUCUAGAGAGCUUCAACUCAACGGAGUAUUUGGAUUUAUCUUAUAAUGAUUUUGAGGGCAUGGUACCAGAACAAGGAGUUUUCAAGAAUUCUAGUGCUACCUCUGUAGCAGGAAAUAAAAAUCUAUGUGGUGGCAUUCCUGAUUUUGGGCUACCAAUGUGCAAGUUUGAACAAUCAAAGAGGAGACCAUCUGCAAAAUUAAAGAUCAUAAUUUCUACGGUUUCUGUGGUUAUUGGUAUUGCACUUUUGAUUAUUUCUUUACUUUUUUGGGGCCACCCAAGAAAGAGAAAAGGAGAAUCUACAUCACUAUUUGAUGGGAAUUCACAACUGAAGUUGUCCUAUCAAAGUCUUCUUAAAGCCACUAAUGGAUUCUCUUCAGAUAAUUUGAUUGGUGUUGGUAGCUUUGGAUCUGUAUAUAAAGGAAUUCUUGAUCAAGAAGGAAUGGUAAUAGCAGUUAAGGUGCUUAACCUGAUGCGUCAAGGAGCUUCAAAGAGUUUUAUUGCAGAAUGUGAAGCCUUACGAAACAUCAGGCAUCGAAAUGUAGUUAAAGUUCUCACAGCUUGUUCAGGAGUAGAUUAUCAAGGCAAUGAUUUCAAAGCAUUGGUUUAUGAUUUCAUGGCAAAUGGAAGCUUAGAAGACUGGUUGAAUCCAACUCUUGGAUUAGAUGAGGUGCCAAGAUCAUUAAAUAUUGUCCAAAGAUUGAAUAUUGCUAUUGAUGUUGCUUCUGCACUUGACUAUCUUCACUAUCAAUGCGGGACACCAAUUGUUCAUUGUGAUCUAAAACCAAGUAAUGUCCUUCUUGAUGAAGAAAUGAUCGGACAUGUAAGUGAUUUUGGGUUAAUGAAGUUUCUUUCUAAUGGGAUGCUUGACUAUUCAACAAAUCAUUCUAGUUCUCUUGGAAUUAGAGGAACUGUCGGUUAUUGUCCUCCAGAGUAUGGUUUGGGAAGUGAAGUAUCAACACAAGGUGACAUAUUUAGUUUUGGCAUACUUUUACUGGUGAUGUUCACAAGAAAGAGUCCAACUGAUAAUAUGUUUCAAGAUAAUCUAAGCCUUCAUAGUUUUGUCAAGAGAAGCUUGCCUGAACAAGUGCAAGAAAUAGUUGAUCCCAAUAUUUUUUUUAUGCAACUCGAUGGUGAUGCUACCUCAAAUCAUAAUCUUCUGAAUAGGGAGAACAACAAAUUAAUUGAAUGCUUGAUUUCAAUAUUAGAAAUUGGAAUUUGUUGUUCUAUGGAAUCACCGCAAGAGCGCAUGAAUAUUAGUGAUGUUGUUGCUCAGCUCUCCUCCAUUAGAAACAAACUUGUUGAAAGCCUAGAGAUAGAGAAACUAUAAGUGAACUUCAUGUGGUAGGUGAGUAAUACUACUCUUAAAAAUUUCUUACAUACAUAUGUGUAUGCACCUGAUCAAUAGAAUAUUAUUAAAUAUAAAAUAUUAUAUGCUUAUGAUUUAUUUGUUAUUUAUUUAUUGAUAUUGUAUAUGCACACCGGAGUGAAUGUAAGAAUUU